AUGGCUGAAGACAGACAACCAGCCGACAUUGUCGAGGGCGCCACCUCGGGCGACGUCGAGGACGAGGUGCAGCCUACGGCCAAGUCAGCCGAGGACCGCAAGGCCGCCGCGGCCCUCUCCAAGCUCGACACGCAUGGCGCCGACGACGAGAGUGCCGGCCGCGAGGUCGACCAAGAGGCCGUCCAGAAUGCCAUGAAUGCCUUGGGCGGUGUCGACAAGAAGGAGGCCAGCAAGACGGUCAAGGUGGAUGCUGCGGAUGUGAAGUUGCUGGUGGACGAAUUUGAGCUAUCAAAACCCAAGGCGACCGAACUGCUCAAGGCGCACGACGGCGAUGCGGUCAGGGCUAUGAAAGCCUACUUACAGCCUAACUUCUAG